CUGAACUGCCGUCCUGUAGUAGUUCUGAUUGUUCUGAAGGAACCACGCCUAUCGAGACCUCCGCCUGCUGUAGAUGACAAACCACCUCCGCCUCUGAAACUGACUUUAUUUUUAGAUACAAAUGAAUGUGCUUUACGUCUUUGCAAAUACCCAAAGAUCUGCAGAAACAGUAUAGGUUCAUAUUCGUGUUACUGUAGAUCAGGAUACACAGAGCAAGAUGGGAAAUGUAAAGAUAUUGACGAAUGUGCAACUAAAAAAAGAAAGUGUAGUGGAAAUGCUCACUGCAUUAAUACUAUAGGCUCAUCAAAGUGUCAAUGCAACGAUGGUUUUAGGGGGAAUGGCGCAUUCUGCAGAGCAAUUGUGAACGAAUGUGCUAAGGGAACAGACAAAUGUGACAAAAAUGCCAUGUGUACUGACACUGUGACAUCUUACAGGUGUUCUUGCAAGACGGGUUUCAGAGGCACAGGAUACACGUGCAAAGCAAUAUCUUCGGUGAAUGAAGUUGCAGAAUCAGGAAGCAAAACUUCAAAAGUUGUUACAAAAUGCAGCACACAUAAGAAGUCCUGUCACGUGAGAGCCAACUGCCUAGAUACACCUGAUGGGCAUAAGUGUGAAUGUAAGCCUGGAUUUUCUGGGAAUGGAAAAUUAUGUUUAGACAUUAACGAAUGCAGACCACCAAGUAAAUGUGGCUCAAAUUCAUACUGUAGAAACACAGCUGGGAGCUUUGUCUGUACUUGCAGAUCUGGGUUCAAAAAGAGUGGGGACAAAUGCGUUGAUAUUAACGAAUGUACAUUGGGCAAGACAAGAUGCCAUAAGUAUGCAGACUGUACAAAUUCCAUAGGUUCCUAUAAAUGCAGUUGCAAAUCUGGCUACAGAGGGACUGGUUAUUACUGUAGAGAUAUAGAGGAGUGUAGUGAAAGAACACACGAUUGUCACGUGUAUGCAGAAUGUAUCAAUACAGCGGGUUCAUUUGACUGCAAUUGCUUGGAUGGAUUCAAUGGAAAUGGGAAAUAUUGCUUUGCCAACAAUGCCAUUGUUGAGCCAGAAUUGGACACAGCUGAUGAAUGUGGUUACUUCAAUGAGAUGUUUCGAAAAUCUACAAAACGUAAAUCAAAUGUAUAUGUAAGGUUUAAAAUAUAUCUACGCCCAGGAGUUAAAAUACAGCUUUUUGGCUCAAGAGUCAACUAUCUUUUUAUAUACCCUGGUGGUACCAUUGGAACAAGCGCUGUCUACACGUCUUCACGAUCGAGAUUUUUUGGAAGACCCAUUCUCUCACCUGCAUGGGGAUUCAUCCCUUCAAAAUUUGGCCAGAAAUCUCUUAACUAUACAGUUCUAUACGAAUCUGACUUGAAAACUCCUGAAAAUAUUGAUGUGAAGAUUUGUACACAAGAGAUUAUACGUUCAAAUACAAAGUUGAAAUCAUUUGAACCUACACUUGUUAUAGUUUUCUCCUGGCAUAUAACAGGACGUGGAACCAACAAAAAGACUUCAAGGUAUGAUGUUCUCCUGAUAAACAAUGGACUGGAGACAUACGUCUUAUUUAAAUACAAAGAAUUAAACUGGGAUGAAACAAUGGAUAUGUGUGACAAGUUCUCUGGCGUGUCAUUUGGAAAUGGUUUAACACAUGAGUUGGUGAAAUAUUCAGGGACAGCUAAAAUGGAUAAACUUGUUCAUCUACCGGGGAAUUAUGGAGAGUUGGGAAUGUAUUUAUUUCAUGCAUCUGGGCCAUUCAAUGUGCCACGAGACAAAGAGACCUUUUGUAAAACAUGGUCAGCCAAGCAAAACAAAACAUUCAUAUCAGAAUUAGUGAAUACUUUACCAUCCUGUCCAUGUUCAAUUGAUGAGGUUAAACUUGACGAUAGGUUUCAACUGGAGAGCACUACACCCACUGUUGAUUGCUACUACUUAAAGAAUCCAACUGAAGAUGGCACAGGACAGGAAUGCUGCUAUGGGACACAUGGAAAUGAUUUCAAUAAUCUAAUAACAACUGGUAUUAAUGCUGGCCACUUUCAACGAUUCCAUUACAAACAGUGCCCUAAAUUUCAUUACGAAUAUGAUUCAAAAGCAAAACAUAACUGUAACUACUGUGGCAAAGAAUGUGAGAAUAGUUUUAACAAAUAUAGACCAACUGAUAAAUGUAAAUAAUAAAUAUAAUGCAUAGAUAUAACAUGGGCCACUAUAUGUAAUUAAACGAGUAAGAUGGACGAAUCUCUUGUCAUUAAUGGAUUGAUAUCUAACAAAUAAAGUAAACAGUUCUUUUUUAUUUGACGUCAGUAAUUUCGGUAUUUCCUUAAAUAGUGUCCAUUUGUUUCUAUUUCUUUGAUUAUACAUUCGGAAAUGUUACAGUUAUUGCAUAUAAAAUAGCGAUUGGGAUUAUUCAGUGUGGACAUGUCUUGCUAGGUAAACAUGGGCGAUAGAUUGUAUAUUUUUUAAUAUCAGAGUUAAAAGGGUCAAAUUAAAUAUUUUUCUCUGCUUCGUAGAUAUUGUGUAAAUAGUGAACACUAAAUAACUGAGAAUAUCUCUAAAUUCAUGCAUACCUAUUAUCUACUACCUCAGGUAAAAGUAAAGCGUUUGUAAUAGUGUGAUUUGAACAGCGAUAUUAAUAAUAUGUAGUACUAUAAACAACCAUUAUGCAUUUUGUAAAAUUGCUUGUUCAUAUGCUGUACAUACAACAGAGCAGAAAUCAAAAGGUCUACAUGCCGAGGAUGCUCUAUAAUUAUUCAGGGUGUCUACAAUACCGUCUGUGUAAAGUUAAAAGGGACUCUAUGGAUACCCUGUAUAAAUCUAACCAAUGCAUUAUUUUGAGAGUUGGUAUUGGGGUUGUUUCAAACUCGCUGACUCCGAAACCCCAAUAUUGAUACAGACUAAAACAUCAUAUGAUUUCCAAAAUCAUUGAUAUUUUUUAAAGUGUAAUUACGACGUUGAUUUAUCGAUACCAUUAAUA